AUGGCGGCGGCGAGCGAGCACACCGUCUUGCAGUUCGUGGCUCCGUCAUUGACGGCAUCACCUACGACUCCUGUACUCACGGCGAGGAUCCACCCUCUCGUUAUCUUUAACGUCUGCGAUUGCUUCGUGAGACGUCCUGACUCGGCUGAAAGAGUCAUCGGUACUCUCCUCGGAUCUAUCUUACCUGACGGAACUGUCGAUAUCCGCAAUUCUUACGCCGUUCCUCACAAUGAAUCUUCCGAUCAGGUUGCUGUGGAUAUUGAUUACCACCACAAUAUGUUAGCUUCGCACCUAAAAGUGAAUCCCAAGGAAAUUAUUGUUGGCUGGUAUUCUACCGGUGCUGGGGUCAAUGGCGGUAGUGCACUGAUUCAUGACUUCUAUGCAAGAGAAGUUACCAACCCAAUUCACCUAACUGUUGACACUGGUUUCACCAAUGGUGAGGGUACCAUUAAAGCCUUUGUAUCUUCAAACCUUUCGCUUGGUGAUCGACAGCUCGCCGCACAAUUUCAAGAGAUUCCUGUUGAUCUCCGUAUGGUUGAGGCUGAGAGACUCGGAUUCGAUCUCCUUAAAUCAACAGCUGUUGACAAACUCCCAAAUGACUUGGAAGGAAUGGAGCUAACAAUGGAGAGGCUGUUGACUUUAAUCAACGAUGUCCACAAAUAUGUCGACAGUGUCGUGGAAGGUCAAACAACUCCAGACAACAACAUAGGACGAUUUAUUGCAGAUGCAAUAGCUUCCCUUCCCAAAUUACCGCCACAAGUCUUCGAUAACCUUGCCAAUGAUAGUCUCCAGGACCAGUUACUUCUGUUGUACCUAUCAAGCAUAACGAGGACACAGUUGAGUCUAGCAGAGAAGCUAAACACAGCUGCUCAAAUGCUGUAA